CAGAAGUACAGUGAGUGCAGGACACACAGUGCUCUCGCUUUAAACUUCUACACCAACACUACUUAGUCCUUACACAGAAAGAAGAGCGACACCCGGCCAGGACUCUCCGGGGAUUGGCUGUCACCCAGUGACGUCACGAAAGGGUGUUAUUAAAGACAGCGAGGAGGGAGAUUGUUGUUUCAGAACUAAUAGUGACAGCCAGCAGAAGCGGCACAUCCCGGGGCUAGCGCUGCAUCUCUCCCUCACUGUCCCAGCAGCAGCAAAUGACCGACACAGGGCAGCAGCAGCAGAGUCUCACCUGCGGGUGACCCCGGCACGUUCAUGAGGGGAAGCAGCACCUGCAGCGCUGGGUGACAGUCUCUUCGCAUUACAGGAAAGUUAUCCACAGCGCUAUGGAUCUGAACACGACGCUGAGCACCAUCGCCCCCAAUACCACGAUAGCCGUGGACGCCAGGAUGGUGGGCAUGGGCAUACUGAUGUCCGUCAUUGUCCUGGUCAUUGUGUUUGGGAAUAUCCUGGUGAUCAGCGCUAUCGCCAAGUUCCAGAGACUCCAGACAGUCACCAACUACUUCAUCACCUCCUUAGCCUGCGCGGACCUGGUGAUGGGGCUGAUAGUGGUGCCAUUCGGGGCCAGCUCCGUCAUAAUGCAGACCUGGGUGUUUGGGAACUUCUGGUGUGAGUUCUUCACCUCAGUGGACAUUCUGUGUGUCACAGCCAGCAUAGAGACCCUGUGUGUCAUCGCCGUGGACAGGUAUUUUGCCAUCACCUCUCCAUUCAGGUAUCAGAGCCUGCUGACCAAGUGCAAGGCCAGGAUUGUCAUCCUCCUGGUGUGGGUUGUCUCAGCCCUGACCUCUUUCCUCCCCAUUAACAUGCACUGGUACCGGACUGAGGAGGAAAAUGCAGUUAAGUGCUACCAAGAGGACAACUGCUGUUACUUUUACACCAACCCUGCCUAUGCCAUAUCCUCUUCCAUCAUCUCCUUUUACCUGCCCCUGGUGGUCAUGAUCUUUGUCUACUCCAGGGUCUUCCAGGAGGCCAAGAAACAGCUGAAGAAGAUUGACAAGUGCGAGGGAAGGUUCCACAACCAAAACAACCAGCAGGAUGCCAAUGGUAAGCUUGUCAACAGGAGGACAUCCAAGUUUUGCUUGAAGGAGCACAAAGCACUGAAAACACUGGGCAUUAUCAUGGGCACUUUCACCUUGUGUUGGCUCCCCUUCUUCAUAGUCAACAUUGUCCAGGUGAUGCACAAAGCUGUCAUCCCUGUCGAUGUUUACACCUUCUUGAACUGGGUGGGCUAUGUCAACUCUGCUUUUAACCCACUCAUCUACUGCAGGAGUCCAGACUUCAGAUAUGCUUUUCAGGAGCUGCUAUGCCUGAAGAAGGGGGGCACCAAGCUCUACACCAAUGGAUAUCCCCAGAGCAAUGGGAACAGUAUGUACAAUGAAGAAUCUGAUCCUGCUCAAAUAGGCAUAGAGACCUCUAACGAGGUCUUUUUUACAGAGGUGAAAUCUCCAGAUGAGUCCCUACUGAGCUGUGAAGGUCCUGUGCUAGACCAUCUGCCCACGAACCGCAACACGCACGAUGAUUGCUUGUUAUAGGAUUGUAGGAACAUUUACAACAAACUGGAUUGUUUGCAAUACAAGGGUCAAACAUAUAUUUUUAAGGUACUGUAAGAAAAAAAAAAAAGGAAAUGAAGGUCUUUAUAUUAAAGUUAUUUCUUGAAAUUUGGGCGGUGCCCAUGACUCGCAGGAUGUAUACAUUUUAUUAGGCAAGUGUUUCUUUCUGUAUAGUUUCACUUCUUCUUAAAUUAAGGUAAGAGGACAUUCACUAAAACAUUAAGGCUUUUUUUUUUGUUGUGUUGCUGUCUUGUCUGUAUGGCAAAACACAAACAAUAUCUACCUCAUGGACCUAAGCAAAAGAAAAAAGUUUGUAUUUGUGUUGUACUGUUUGUUAUGUAUGUUCUAUUUUGGUUGUGUUUUGUUUAUUCGUUUAUUUGAUCUCUUGCAUAGAUUAUAUUUUUGUGCCCUUUUAAGUCUUGUGACUGCAGAAUGAACACUGCACUGCUGGGGUGGCUGGGUCUCCCCAGCAGUGCCUGGGUUAACUUGGUAGAUGUCAAUUCCAGAUGUAUAUUUUGAGACAAUAAACAAAGUAGGAAGAUAGUGUAAGAAUUUUGUGAGCAGGGGCAUUUCUAAGUCCUAGAUCUAAAAUCCUUUAACCUCUUUGUCAUCCCAGGUCACAACUUGCUACUAUACUGCUGCCCCUAAUAAUUGAUACAUACACUGUGGAUGUGUAAUUGACCUUCAUCAUUUCUAUGGAGAAUGAAGGGUGUUUAAAAGUUAGGUUGAAUUACUUAAUUUUAGAAGUCCAAAGUCGGUAUGGAGAACCCAUCUCCUUCAUAACUAGAGACCAUAACAGUUGUCUUAGGGCCACCCAUUAGUAUGUUCCUUGGUAGCCCACUUUAGUAGCCACAUCACAACCAGUGCUGCAAGUAGAUAGAGAAGAACAGAUGUUCCCACUGCCAGCUCCCAACUAAGAACUGCUCUGGAAGUUAAUCAAUUAUCUCAGGCAGCCCUGCUGGUUCAGGCAGGUUCCUGACUAGAGAUUUGUCACCAAGCAAUUUCUCCUUCCUCCCAUUCUGUUUAACUAACUAUAGAUUUAAUUGGGCUUCUCUAAAAACGUUUAAGCAGUUAGUAAUAGCAAUCCAUAGGCUGGAGCUCUGUUUUCUCAUCCUGUGCAUGGUCAGGUAACAGACGUGUCUCAUUAAAUAAAGAAGAGGAUCUGUCUACCUCUUGCCUGGUAGAAUGCAGAGUUAAUCAAUGACUGUACCUGGGAAUAAGUACAUAGGAUGAUUUGUCCAUAACGAUUUACUGGAAUAAAGGUCCCUAGGGGGAGAAGGGGGAGCCCUGGUGAGUGAGGGUUAGCUCUACUGGCCAGGAUACACUCACACUGACUGAGAAUGGCUAUGACAAGGUAUUCCUGUCCACCUCACCACAUGCAGGGCCAUCUGCUGCUCUUUUGCACAUUUCCAAGCCGUACAGUAUUGUAUGUUGCUCGCAUUAAAGGUCAUUGUACUAUAA